AUGUCAACGACUCUCUCCAGCUUUGGCGAAGCGCGCGAUGCGAGAUUGAGUGGCGAGAGAACGUUGGAAGAAUGUUUGCGGCACAUUGUGGCCUACUACAAGCUUCCCAAAUCUACGGUAGAGUCUGCCGACAAAAAGGCAUGGAAUCUGAGGGGCUUCGAGAGAGAAGUACGAGAUCUACUGCUCAGCGAGAACUAUGAGCCGCCCACAGACGAUGAUACAACCAUCAUCCUUUCGAUCUUCCUGAGUGCAUUUCAAGGCGACAUUCCUGCCAUCAGAGAACUUCUUGAAUCUUCUGGCAUAGACCCAAUAUACUAUUCCCGUCCUCUCAUGAAAAUCUCAUCAGAAAUACGCGACACCCAGCUACUCCGUUUCUGCUUCGAGAUCGGCUUUUCGCCCAACUACUUCGACUCCUACACCUUUUGCGGCUGGUAUGGGAAAAACGGUGUGGAAUGGCUCGAUAUCUUGUUCGACCUGGACUUUUGCCAAUGGCGCACAGACCCACAGCAGUUAAACUACAAUUCAACUACGCAUAAUUCAACCUGGUGUGGUAUGGUUCGCAUGGGACCUGACGCCACUCGCUGGUGGAUAGACCAUGGAGGAAGUGUGAGCAGGUUCCGAGGAAUGUUUUUUGCACCCUUUGAAAAGCCAUGGCCGAAGGCUGCGUCAAUUCGAGUCCUGUUGGACAGAUUCGGAAUCGACUGGUUCAAGGACUCGGGGACGCUGCAGCUAGCAGUCAAGAAGCACGACAUGGAAACUGUGAAGAUGUUGCUAGAAGCGGGUGCAGAUGUCAACGAAGAUGUCACUGACUGGAACACGGACAUCCGUGAGCAUCGAGCCGCCCCAUUACGAGCACUAGCGACGGCUAUGUACGAUAAAUCUGAUGACAUGAUCCGAUACCUUGCAGAGCAUGGGGCAAAAGUCCCGCGACAUUAUGUCGAAGACCUACACAGCUGGAUGCCAGAGGAGUUCAAGCCCUUCAUGAGGUUAGUGGUAGAGCUGGGUGCUGUGGAAGAGUAG